AUGGGGUGUCCUAUCUGUGGAACAGAAGUGGAGUCCAUAAUGCAUGUGCUGUGGGAGUGCCCUGCAGCAAAUGAUAUAUGGGGACAGGAUGAAAGUGGUAUUAAGAAAUGGGAUAGAUCCGAGAAGGAUUUCUUGAGCAUGUGGGGAAAGCUUAUGAACAGAAUGCCAAAGAACCUAUUGGAGGAAGUGGUUGUGUUGUUUAGAAAGGUAUGGCUGAGGAAAAAUGAUUGGCUAUUUGAGAGAAGAAAAGCCUGCCCAAGAAAAGAGAUAAUUUCCACGAGGGUAGCUCUACAAGAGUUCAAAGAUUUACAGGGUAAUAAUUCUAAGCAGGUAGCAGUUCAAUCUAGUUUGACAGGAAGCUUGCAGUGGGGAAAACCUGCUUCAGACUAUGUUAAGGUGAAUUGGGAUGCAUCUACAGAUUUUAAACAGCACAGAAUGGGGAUAUGGAUCAUGAUCCGAGAUGAACAUGGGGAGGCCUUGGUUGUAGUGUGUGAUAGGAGAGAAAAUGUGAUGGAUGCAGCUGUGGCAGAAUGUGUAGCACUAAGGAAGGCAGUGGAACUUUGCAUAGCUUUAAAUAUUCAGAAAGCAAUUUUCGAAGGUGAUGCAAAAGUAGUGGUGAAGGCUGUGCAGGAAGCAGAGGAAGAUCUACCAUUGUUCAGUCCUAUUGUUGAAGACAUUAGAGUUUAUUUUAGGAACAACCCUGAGUGGAGUAUACAAUUUGUAUCUAGGAAAAAGAACACAGUAGCACAUACUUUAGCAAAAAAAGCUCUAACUAUAGAGGAAUAA